GAGGAGAGGAUGAACGGGAUCGAUGGCUGGUCGUCCUUGUUGAAGGCAGGAGUGGCUUUUCCGCUAUUUAUGCUGUGCCAUGGUCCUGCUUUGCCAAGAGCAAAACCUCGGGACACUAUUCUUUAUUCUCCCUCUCUCACAUCGCUUUGGUCAUCAUCCACCAUGGGCGAAGCAUCUUCGCCUUGGGGACUGUUUGGCUUGAUGGUCUUCUGCAUCACCCUCGUCAUCUUUGGAUUCGUCUGGUGUUUCUGUUGUGGCACAUGCGUCGGGAGAGAUGCCAUGAGAGCUGCAGGACUAUCCAGAUUCGUCCCUCCUCCCUACAUGCAGCCCUCGUUUAUGAGCCAUUCAAGAUAUCGCAAGCGGAGUGGCGACGAAGAAGACGGAUUCGAAGAGGAAAUCGAUAUGAACGUGCUAGCGGACGAACAUCACGACUCUUCCGUUGAGUAUGACUAUGAGUUCUCAGAUGAGGAGAGCAGCGAUAAUGAGAUAGAGGAUACUUCCUAUGCUCGGAGAUCGCGCUAAGUAGAAGAUCACCUAUUCAAACCGCUGGAUUACUUGCACACGCGGACGCGACAAACAAGCAAUUUCGUUCGCAAAGAUAGAUGCUAUCCAGGAUAUUCUCAUUGUCCUUAACAAGGCAAGAAAGGAUGUCGGGUUGAAACCGCGCAGCCAAGAUGGAUGUUGCUGCCCUGUCAGGCCUUUGACAAUUGCGACGUGUCAGCGAGAAUAAAGAUAUUUUAUUGG